GCGGGAACCCGCUGCGCGGCGAGUGGGGCGCGCAGGCGUUCGCGGCGUUGGGGCCCCGCGCAGCCGUCAACCUGUCGCGCACGGAGCUGACGGCGCUGACGGCGACCAUGCUGCGCGAGCUGGGCGCGCUACACCUCGUCGACCUCGGCGCCAACCCCAUCGACUGCGCCAAGUGCGCCAUUCGCCACCUGCAGGAAUGGCUGAACACCACCAGCACGGAGGUGGUGUCGCUGGGGCGGCGCGGGCCGCUGCAGUGCGGGCUGCCCCCGGAGAGGCGCGGCUGGAGUGUGGGCGACGCGCGCAAUCCGCCUCAGGAGCAGUGCGAGGGGCGAGCGGCGGGGGGCGGGGCGGCGUGGGCGGCGGGCGCCGCGGUGGGCGUGGCCCUGGCAGUGGGCGCCGCCGCCGUGCUCCUGGUGCUGCGGUUCCGCAUGCUCGUCACCUACGCGAUGCACGUGGUGCGGGCCAACCGCGCCAUGCGCUCUGGGGCCGGAGGCGCCGGCUGCGAGUUCGACGCCUUCGUGUGCUAC